GCGAAUCGGCGAUUGACAAUUUCCUGAUAGGUGGUGCAGCUUCUUAUCACUCUGAAUCUCUAUCCACUCUGCGUGAACCAGACACUCCGGCGUAGUGCUUUGGGAGCGCAACACGCCAUGGAUUAAACUCCGAGGAACGCGUUCUAUUUGAUCCGGUUCUUCCAUAAAUAGGUCGUGUGUGUUGUGUGGGCUUGUUUUCAGCCAUAAUUGCUGGUGGCUCCUUCCUGAACGCACAGGUUCAUAUUGGUUUGGAUCCUCGGCAGGCAUGAUUCAAAGGAAGGAGGUGGUGCUGUCGGUCCUGGGCGAGCUCCAGGAAGCUACGGAGAGCUCUGGCCUGGACGCCCUGACAAGGGUGGCAAUUGAAGUGGAGCAGGUCCUUGCACAGUUCCAGCUCCCGAGCAAGCCCUGUCAGGAUUUCCCGGAGUGGACAGGCAUCGAUGAAAUGGCCCAUAGCCUGUUCCCAGCGGACGCGCCCUCUGGUCUCCUUCCCCUGAACUGUAAAGGAGAAGGCAACCUCCUGUUUGAUGCAGCCAGUAUGCUGUUGGUUGGAAGCACCCGCCUAAGUUUGGAGCUACAGGUUAGGACCGUGCUGGAGAUGCUGCUGUGGAAGAGGUACUACCUGUGUGGGAUGAUCGACUCCAAGAUCAUGCUCCAAGCAGCCCGCUUCAGCCUAUGUGCAGAGGAAUCGGAGGAUAUGCUCAACCUGCCUGUAGCUGUCCUAGAAGCCAUCUUUGACGCAGAUGUCAAGGCGUCCUGCUUUGCGGGUUCAUAUGCCAACAUGUGGCAUGUCUACGCCUUGUCUUCGGUGCUCCACUCCAACAUCUACUCCAUCUAUCCCAUGUUCAACCCAAAGAUCCGCCCAUAUUUCAACAGACUCAUACGUCCCAGGACCUGCCACAACAAUCUGAAGCCGGAUACCCUCCACAUAAUGUGGUCUGGCAUGCUACAGUCCGGCACAGUCUUCAAACCCAACAAUUUUGUGGCGUUGGUCAAAACGAGUGACCUUAAGUUUGGGCCGUACGGGUUCUCCGCACGACAGAACCAUGGGCAACUGAACCAGGAUUCUCCAGUGUCCUACACCAACCUAAAGGACAAGAAUGACAUCGGCAAGAGGACCCUCCAUCGCUGGACGAAGCAGACCGAAGAGAAUUGUCAAAAGUCGACAGCCAGGUACAAGGCCAAACACUUCCUGCAGGCCUCCUAUCUGGAGGGAAAGCUCAGCCCUCUUCAACAGUUCAAAGAGAUCUUCCCAGAGAUCUCAAGGUCCACCUAUUACAACUGGAAGCACGAACUAGUGAUGGGCUCCGGGGGUACCUACUCUGCAACAUCCUCCGCCGGUGAGGUUAGCCCCGAGAGCACGGAGCAGGAAACCUGGUCCUCGCCGGAGCCAAAGCAAGAAGAGCCAGACCACCAUGAGAGUGUGGCCACCAUGUUUGGUCUGAACCUCGGGAAGCUGGACGGAGAGCGGGCCCAAAACGUGGCCCAUAUGCAGGAGGCCAAACGCUGUCUGCAAAACUGCAUUGCCAUGAACACUUCCCUCCCGUUCCGGUUCUUCAAAAGAAAUUUCCCUGGGAUAUCACGAUCCACCUACUACAACUGGAGGAGAGAAGCCAUACUGUUCCAUCGGGGCUACAAGACCGGUGUCGGUAGCAGUGAGGAGGGCUCUGAUGCUGACAAAAGCCAGAGUCCAAAAAGCUUCCUGCCCCAUCCUGCCCAUGCCGACCCCAACCACCUCGCGGUCCCAAGAGUGAAAAUCAGUCGAAGAAAUCACAAAGUAUUCACGUUUGCAUACACGAGCAAGAAACAGCUCAGAGAUGCCGCAAAGAUCCACGUACAGAAGUCCAAAUGGUCCCUAGCUAAGUUCAAGCUUAAGUACCCAUCCAUGUCUCCAUGCUUCUUCUGGCGGUGGCGUAACAGUCAAGGCUCCAACAAGAAAAAUAAGAAGGCCAGCCCCACUGUGAUGCCCGUACCUGAGGGCCUGGGAAGCAUCCCUGCAGAGAUGGAGGAUGAGAUGUUGCAGCGGAGAUUACAUUACCAAAAUAUGCCCUCCACUGACCCAAGCCCAAAUGCGUUGGAAGCGUUGGAAGAUGGCACCCGGACAUCCCUUGAUGUCCCUUUCCCAAGAUACCCUCUACCCAACCCUCUUCCCAGCCAGACGCAAAUCACCGACCAAAUGUUUGUGAUGGAUGUCGUGGCCCUGGCAAACUUCAAGGCCAAGGCCAAGCUGUUCCUGCAGCAGCGGUUUGAGGAGAAGGCUUUCCCUACGUUCAAAGAGUUCAGAUCGUACUUCCCCUUCACACCGCGCUCUACCUACUACAUGUGGAAGAGAGCCCUGCAUCACGGCGUGUCACUCGUUCAUGGAUAAAUGCUAAAUAUUCACUUGUUUUUAUUUUUUCCAUAUUUUCCUAGAAUCAGAAAGAUGCAUGAUUUCCAAAAUUUCUUCCUAAGAUACUGUAAAAUGAACUGGCCUUUGCGAUACCGUGUGCCACCUUUUAAUACUUUAAAGCAUCCCCAGCUAGGCAUUGCUAAGGGAAAUGCCUGUUGUGUGCCCUGAUCUGUCCAUCCCCCCAACACGUCAUCACUACCUCAUGGACUGCACCUGUGUGAAUGGAGGGUUGCAUGUCUCUCCUUCUGCCCCACCUGACUCCCUACAGGCAAAAGGCAGUUCAAAGUCACUUUUUAAAGGCUUUUUGUUUAAAGUUGUUGUUAUUUUCCUUUUGGGGGAGGGGAGGAAAUCCAUUCAUUCCAUUUGAGCCAUAAGCCCUUUAUUUCCUAUUUUGUAAAAUAGUUUUGUUUCAAGUGUUGGCGCUGUAGUUUGCCUUUUUAAUUUUUUACUCACUAAAUGAUAUGCCUUAUGUGUAGAUGCUAACUUGACUCCACAAAACAAUCGGUGCAUGACAUUUUUCUGUUUACAGGGUUUAUUAUGUACACAGGGUGACUUUUUUUUUUUUAUACUGUGCAAUACUUAAUGUACACAUCAGGAAUUCACUUGGUGAAAAAAUAUGUUUACGGGGGUUCAAGAGGUUUGGCUGUUGAUGGAUUGUCUCUAUUUUUGGUUUUUUCUAAACCAUUUUGUUAUUGCCAUGCCUGGUGGUGAAUUUAGUAUACGAUUACCUGUAUUUGCACUAAGUACGUAUGUCACAUAUUGAAUCUGACUUGAUGAAAAUUGUCUCAUUUUACCAGCACGUAUUCAGUUACCAGUGAUACUUAAAAAAUCCUAGUUUCUUUAUUUGUGACAAAAAUGCCUUUUGUACAAUACCUCUUACAAGAAAUCGCAUUAAGCUAUGAAAACCCAUCAUUAUGAUGAGUCGCUUUAGGAACUUGCACGGAACCCUUAGUUUACAAUUGUGCAUGUAUAUUUAUUUCCUCACUCGUUGUUCAUCUGACUUAUGCGACAGCUCGCAUUAUGUUCAAUGACUAUAAGCACAAAAUUUGUACUGAUGUUAGAUUAUCAAUAAACCAUCAUCACCCCUA